GUGCACUCGCAGCCAUCCAUCCGUACAGUUGGAUGUCACCGCCAACGGCAGCAACAACGGCAACGGCGAUCAUUAGCAAGACGUAAACUCCAAAAACACAAAAUAUAAGUGUAAUAACAACAAAAACAAAAAAGAAAACCAAGAAGAAGUUGCGGUAGAAAAAGAAGCAGCCACAACAGAAGUCAUCAGAAAUACGACGUGUGAUCUUGAUCUUGAUCUUCUUUGAAACAUUGAAUUCAGCACAAAGUUAAUGUCAGUCAGUGGAGUUGAGAGUUGAGCGUUAUUGCGCCAGUGAAAUGUUCUUAUCUCCAACAUUUAUGUAAAUGUUACGACGAUAACUGAACUGCAGCCAAGUGAAAUGCACAAAUAAACAAUAUAAACAAAGUGGAGCUUAGCAGAAAGCCUAAUUAAAAAGCCUAAUAAAACUGCCGUGAAUCUAGCCAAUAAUAGAGAAAUAAAAUAAAUAAACAAAAACACAAAUAAAUGGUAGAGACUUACAAAUAUUCAAGUUGAGUCAUAAAAAAUAGAUUAAGAAAGCGAAACAACUUUUUAGUACUUAAACCACUUACACACAUCCAUACCAAGUGACAUUGUGUGUCGCAUCUACAAAUAAAAUAAAUCUACAUAUACAUAUAUACUAACACAAUGACGGCGCAUGAGCAACCGAUUAGCUACUUGGACAGCAUCCUGAAUGAGGAGGAGUCACGCUGCGAAUACAGUCAUCAGUGGCGCAAUUUCACAAUCUCACGUUCGGGCCGUUUCAAGUCGAAAAAUCGCAAACGCGAUGUUGUCGAUGGCAAACUUUUCGAUGCGAGUAAUGCGCCCAAUGCGGCAAUGUCGGCGUCGUCCAAGUUGCCGUCUGCAGCCGGUACGGGUCAUAGUCGUGUCAUGGCAUCCGCCACCAUGAAUCCACACUAUAAGCAGGAGCCGGAUAAGAAUGCCUAUCGUCAAUCUUCAGCAAUGUCAAGCAAACUUUUCUCAUCGCAAUCCACGGCAUCAGUCUCCACCAGCUCAAGUUCAAGAAAUGCGACGAUGCGUGACAAAGCUGAGAGCUAUAAAAGUUACUAUGAAACGAAUUUAUAGAUACCACCUGAAUAUAUUGCACAAACUAUAUAUGUAUACUAAAUUUUUUAUUAUAAUUAAACUUAAUUGUGUAAGGCAUAUGAAAACACAAUUUUUGUAUACAUUUUUAACGUUUAACAUUUUAUUAUAUUUUUGUGUGGAAAAAUUAAAUUCACAAAAUUAA